CGGCGCAACACCCGUUUGGCCACCUUGUUUACAAUCACCAACGAACAUUCAAACGCCCAGUUGCACUUCACCAAUUCAUCACCCAAAAGACUACAUAUCCCUUGAUCAAUUAUACGACCUGCGCAAAACCUUGAGCAAUCCAAGCAUAAAAAGACAGCCGGCGCACCAGGCCCAACCUAGGCAGCUCUCGAUUCUCAAUUCCAGAUUUCCAACUCGACACUCUGGAAUCGCGUCGCGCAAAGUCUCCUCAGCCCAGCCAGCCACCAUGGAGGCAUCAACAACGCCCAAACCGCUGCCUAACCGGCCAGACCAAAAGAUGCCACCUAUCCCCAAAGGCUCCCGCAUCCAAAAACGUCCUCUUCCCGCCCCCCUCUCCCACCGCCUCUCCUCCUCCAACACCUCCCGCUCCUCGACUCUUUCCACAAUACCAACCGACAUCGACGGCUUCCGCCCUCCACCGCGCGCUCCUCACACGCUCAUCAUAAAAGUCACAUCCUCGGCGCCCUUCAUGUCCCUCGUCAAGCGCGUGCGCAAGGGGUUGGAGUCUCGAUCCUCGCUUUCGCGACAACAAUCUACAAAAGGUUUGCCUUUGACGGCGAGGAUAGCUGCUCUUGACACGACUGGAGGAGGGGGCAAUAAAGAAGGAGGGGGAAAUGGGCUGGGGCCGGUGGAGGAUGCGCUGGAUGAUGUGGUUCUCGUCGCGACGGGGAGGGCAAUUCAGAAAGCGGUGGAGGUGGGGUGUUUCUUUACGAGGGAACGGGAUCUGAUGGUGUUGCUGAGGACGAGGACGGUGAGGGGGGUGGAUGAUGUUGUUAGGGCAGAAGAAGAAGAUGGUGGGGAGGAUGGGAGUGCGGAGGAGGAGGAGAGCGGGGCGAGGGUGAGAGCUGUUAGCUGUGUGGAGGUGGGGGUUCGGUGGCGGGCGACCUGA